GAAUAAAUCCAAUCGCUUUGGCUUUUUCUCUGCUUUUCCAGCUUAUAAUGUACUACAUGACGUAUCGAACAAUAAUUAAAGAUGGUCGCUAUAAACAUACUUUAUACACGAUAUCUGUGAUAUUGAUAAUUGAAUGACAAACAAGAAUAUUUUCAUGGUAUGUUGUCUCAACAUAUGAACGUUCAAGAUUAUUAUUCAAGUAAAGCUAUGGAAAACGUCUUUGGCAAAAGAUGAAACACUUUGAAAGAUCCACUUCACAUUCCAUCAAAGUGACCUAAGUUUAAAGAAAAAGUCAGCGUUAAAGUUUCCCAAAGAGUUUGAAUCGACCAUGCAAGUUAACUCUGCCUGUGCUAGUCUUGGCAAGAAAAAAAGAUCUUGGGAUGCUUCCAUGGCAACAAAAGAGGCAAAGGCAUCUGCCAAAUCGACUAUUCAUCGUAAGAAAAAAGACAUGUGGAUGGUUUCAUCCUUUCACGACUUGAAUGGUGAUGCUUUCACAGCAAAUACGAAUGAUAUGUCAACGAGACUUCCUCGUACAAAAAGUAAAAAUGAAAGUGCCGGUAAAUGGGAAAAAUUGGAAGAGCAAAAAUAUUUGGAUAGCCAUGAUUUGUGGUGUACAAAAUAUUCUCCUUCCACAGAGGUUAACCUAGCCGUACAUAAGAAAAAGGUGUCUGAAGUCAGAGACUGGCUGCGUUCGCAUUUAUCUCCACAUACCAAAAGUGGUGUAUUAUUGUUAACUGGCCCACCUGGUUGUGGGAAGACAGCCACAUUGCGAGUACUUGCUAAGAAAAUGAACUUCCAGAUACAAGAAUGGAUCAGCCCUGAAGUGCAAUAUAACGACAAUGAUGAUGAUGAUGAUUGGAUGAGUCAAAAAGAGAUGAUCCAUCGUCAAUCUCACUUGAGAAACUUCCAAGAGUUUUUUUUGAGGGCGAAUAAGUACCCAUGCUUGUCUUUGGGAGGCUGUAAAGACGAGCAACACAAAAAGAUUGUUGUUGUUGAGGAAAUCCCGAACGUAUUUUAUAGACGGUCAACGGAGUUGCAUGAUAUUGUUAGAUCUUACAAGGAGAGCAGCAGAAACCCCGUCGUGUUCAUCGUUUCUGAUUGUAACAGUAAUGAUACGAAUGCUUACCGUCUGUUUCCGAAAGACGUUAUUCAACAAUUUGGUAUCUCGCAGAUCAGUUUCAAUGCAAUUUCGGUCACCAGCUUGAACAAGGUUGCAAAAGAAAUCAUAGCUACAGAAACCAAAAAGAAUAAUACAUCAUUCCAAACUCCUUCGAAAGAAGCUAUUGAUGAAUUAGUUUCAGGAUGCAAUGGUGAUGUACGAGCACUGAUCAAUAAUUUGCAGUUUGCGUGUCUCAAAGGUUGUAAAAUGUCCUACCAAAAGCGGAAACAUUUAAAGCAGUCGAAAUUAGCUCGUACACAAUUUGUCAAAUCGUUGCCCGAAGAGUCGACCAACUUUCGUAGUAUUUCCGAAAAAACUAUCGGAGAAAAGGACUCUUCGCUUUUUUUAUUCAGAGUUCUGGGUAAAGUCCUGUACUGCAAAAGAGAAGAAAGCAUUAAUUUAGUCGAAUCGUCUCUUCCUGGACAUCUAAAAAACCAUGAAAGACUACCACUUAUUGAAAAUCCAGAGAAUAUAUUCGACAAAUGUCAUAUGUCUGAAGAAAAUCUAAAUUUGUACCUGCAUCAAAAUUUUCUUGAUUUUUUUGAGGACAUUGAUUAUGUGAGCAAAGUAUCUGAAAAUUUCAGUGAUGCUGAUCAUAUAACUGCUGAAUGGAUGCAUCGCUCAACGUUAUGUUCUUAUACUUCAACGGUUGGCAUAAGAGGGAUGAUGUUUUACAACUGUCAUCAAGCAAUGAAGAAAUCAAAAAAUGUAUGGCGACCAUUACACAAACCCGAGUGGUGGCAUGUCUUCAAGCAGUCACGAAGCAACAUACGGACUGCAACUGCUCUUUUCAAAGGUCAUACUCAAAAUGCUGGAAUGAUACAUUGUGAACACAUACCGUAUCUUGCUAUCUGUGACGUUCCCUUACAAUCUUCAGGACAAAUCGAAUAUCUACAAACAAUUUCUAAAUUUAUCAACAAAAUCUAUAAAUCAAGAGAGAAAGGCAACACGCUGCAUGAAAAAGAGAUUGACGAAGAAGAAGUGGAGUUGAGCUCAUCUCAGCCAAUCUCUAGUGAUCAUAAACUCAUGUUAGCAGACACUUUAACUUAUCCGAUCGAGAAACUUGGUGCCAACAAUGAUAUUGAAGAAUUUGAUAGCGAUUAAAUUUAGAAGAGUCUGCUGUCGUGAAGGAAGGUUAGAAAUUAAUUCGUCCACCUGCUUUAUCAAAUUAUUUUUCUUUAUUUUCUGAAGUAUUUACUCUGUAAGUAUAUAUACAGUCGUGUGUUUGUUUAAGCAAUUCUUUUUUUACCAUUCUUUAUUGAAAUGGUUAAUUCUCAUUGAAGAAGUAAUAACGUCCCAUAGCAAUGUUCAGUCCAUCGAUAAAAUGAAGACUCGGGGUCAGUAAAUGCAAUUAUUUUGUUGCUGCUCCUUUACGCGCUAUAAAUAUUUAUUCUUCAGUGAGCAACUAUGAAUGUAAUCAAGUUUUUGAAAAA